UAGAAGAGGUGUUGUGUUCAAUUAAAUGAAAUCUGGCAUAUCUGAGAUUUUUUUUGUAUUUUUGUAUUUAUACAAUCGCUUAUCAUGCCUCGAGCAUGUGUGCAUGUCAACAACGCAAUCGUCGCUACGCACACUCGUACUAACUACAGAAGAUGUAAGUGCUGUAUCUUUUGGGAACCUCAAUUAUCAGCCACUACUCAUCAUCUGGUGUAUGGGCUAUCAAUUUGAGAGAAUUCAGUUUGAUGGAAUACUUAAGUAGCACAGAUCUUGAAUCUCCAUGGUGUCUGCUAGAAAAGAAGUGUUAGACAUAACGAUCACAUAACGGAUACUCACUAUCCAUUGACACUGCUAGUGAUUUGGAUGAUGCCGUUGAUGUUACAUCGUCCUUCAUCAUGGAAGCUUUUGUAGAAGACCACAAGGAGAAUCCCUUGGUGUAACUCUGAUUUGGCUAAGCGCAAGAAACAAUGUCGAAGAAGUUGCAAUAGACAUCGACUGGUUGAAUCGGAGGUUUUAAGAUCAAUUCGCAAGGCCGUGUGGACAUAACAUCCGGACAUUCAUAUCCGAGCUAUAUUUUCUGUAGAUCUGGCAGAUCUAUCAGUUUGGCCUCCUUUCUUCUGAAAUUCUCAGAACGUAUUGUCCAUCAUCACAUCUGUCAUGUUCAUAUAGCUAACAUGCCUUUUCGUGUAAAUUAGCAUGCAUUCCAAUCUGGAAAGUCUACUGUGAUUGUUGUACACAAAGCAUUCGCUCAAAAUCUUGCUUCGGUGUUUUCUUAGAUACGGAAGGUGUUUAUGACAACGUGCCGUAUGGUGUCGAUUUUAGAAAUCACUCGAAGUCAUAUCUCUACUGAAUUGGAUUCACCAAAUGCUCAAAAUUUAGCAUCUUUUCUAACCAUUACGUCAAGCAACGAUCAAGAAAUUGUUGUGUUUGUGGAUGCUCCCGAGGGGAUACGCUAUUUCCGCAACUUAACAAUAGCGGUUUUCCUACUGCCGGGAGUAUGUCGAUGACUACCAGGAAGAACCCCAGAAGGUAUUCCAGGGGGACCACCAAAGGAAUUCUAGGAGGUGUUCCCGAAGGAAGUCGAGUAGAAAUCCAGAAAGAAUUCCAGAAAAAUACCCGAAGAAAUUCGAGGAGGAAUCCCCGAAGCAGAAAAAAACCUCGAAGGAAUUCUUGGAGGUAUCCCCAAAGCAAUUCUAGCGAGAGUUUCCAAAGGAAUUCCAGGAGAAAUCCCCGAACGAUUGCCAGGAGGAAUCAUCGAAAGAUAUCCAGGAGAAACCCUCGAAGGAAUUCCAGGAGGAAUCCUCGAUAAAUGAUAACGAAGAAGUCCCAAAAAAAUCAUGGAACAGUUCAGAACCUCAGAAAUAAAAGAAGGGAAUCCUUCACAUGCAACAAGUUCUUGUAGGAACUCCAUGAGGAAAUCCUGGAGGUUUGCCUGAUUAUAAACCUAAAGAAGUUCUUGAAUGAACUCCUAGAAGAAUUUUUGAAGGGGCUACUGGAGAAAUCUCUGAUGCAACUCCUGAUUUUCCUGAAUCCUCCAGGAAAAAAAAAUCGAAUGAACUCCAGGAGCGAACCCUGGAAGAACUCCUAAAGGAACUUCUGGGGGAAUCCCUGAAGAAACUACUGGAGGAAUCUUAGAAGGAACUCCUGAAUUAAUCCCUGUAUGAAUUUCUGUAUGAAUCCAUGAAGAAACUUCUGGGGAAUCCUAUAAUUCUCCCAUCUGUAUCCUUCGAUCCUCCUGUAAGAAUCUUUGAGGAAAAUCCUUGAAAGAUUCCUGAAAAAGAUUCCUGGAGAGAUCUCUGAAGGAACUUCUGGAGAAAUCCACGAAAGAACUCCAGCAGGAAUCUGAAUAAACAUCUACGCGAAUCCCUGAAAUACCUGCACAAAUUUCUGAAGGAACUUUUGGACUAAUCCCUUCAUUAGGAAUUCCUGAUUGAACUUCUAAAUAUUCACCAGGGGAACACCUAGACUAAUCCGUAAAGGACGUCCUGUAGGAAUUCCUGUUGGAUAUCCUGGAUGCAUCUCGGGAUCCUCCUGAAAGAAUGUCUGAAGGAACUCCUGGAUUAAUCCCUGAAGGGAUUUCUGCAUGAAUACCUAAAAGAACCUCUAGAAAACCACUAAACAAAUAAUUUCUGAAGGAAUACCUGAAAGAACCUCUGAAAAAUCUAAACGAGGAAUCAUCCCGAAGAAAUGCAAAAAGGAAUCCAAGUGGGAUGCAUUAUUAGAUAGUUUUAUUUUAGCUUCAUGAUGGUGUUUAUAUCCUCUUGGAAUCAACUCGACUUAAAAAUGUUGCUUGGGUGAAGCGAUUCCAGAAGGGAAUCCAGAAGUGAAACUUCUGAAAUAAUUCCUGGAGAAAUUAUUGAAGGAACUCUUGCAGAAAUUACUGUAGGAACUCCUUAGAUAAUUCCUGAAGGAAUUGCUCAAGGGAUCCUGGAAGAAAUUUCAGCAAGGAACUCCUGUAAAAACCUUAAAUGCAACUCCUGGAGAGAUCUCUGAAUGAACUCCUAGAGAUUCCUGAAUUUUAGAAAAAUUUCUAAAGGAACUCCUAGAGGAAUCUCUGAAAGAACCCCUAUGGGAAUCCCUGAAAGAUCUUCUAGAUGAAUUACUGAUGGAUCUCCUUAAGGUAUCCUCGAAUUCUCCAGAAUUUUUUUUAAGAGACUUUACCGCAAUACGGCAUUCACCUCUGGAAAGAUUAUCUCAAAGAGCUUUUGCAGGAACCCCUGAAGGAACUACUGUCCAAUACCUGAGAGAUCUUCUAAAAAAAAGGCAUAAUGGAACUCUUGGAGGCAUCCCUGAAAGCUUCUGAAUCUCUGAAGGAACUACUGCAGACAUCUCUAAAGCGAUUUCUAGAGGAAUUUUUGGAGAAAUCCCUGAUUGGAAUUUUGGAGAAAUCUUUCGAAGGAACAAUGAUAAAUAUUGCCCUUAACUGGCAUUUCCCAGAUUUACUGGUAUGUCAGAAACAUACUGGAAAAACUUUUAAUUAGAAGGCACGAAAUGUUGCUAAUUGACAAAUUGACAGACGAAAUUUGUAAAAAAAAACCCGCGUUCUGGUGGGAUUCGAACCCACGACUCCGAAUCGUUAGACCGGCGCUUUAACCAACAAAGCCUCAGAACAAGUAACGAUUCUGCGGAAUUGAAGGCCAAACUGACUCCGAAGCCACACCGUGAACACUCCUUUUUCACGAACCCAUCCCUCUUUCGGCUUAGAUGCCAAUCCACAACACACUCGCGUUUGUGCCCACUAACUACAAGUGAGAGCGAAUUAUUAUUAUGAACCCGAGACUUGCUCUCGCACUCCGCAUACCUAGCCACCAAGCAGUUUGUUUGCUGGUGUCUUAUUCAGUACGCGUCAAGAGCUCGGCAUGGUCGCACGCUAGUGGCGUACAUCAGUGCAAGUCGUUCCUACUAUGCUGCCGAGUGCAGGAUAGUUGUCCCAUGUUAAUAGGAAUUCCAAUAGAACAAGAAUCUGUGGUCUAAAAAGAUACACCCUCGCACCUAUAAGACCGGUGUGCACCUAGACGGGCACGAGUCCUGGAAUGUUGGAGACUAACAUAGUAGCCAACCAUCGAUCAGUUGUUGUCCAAGCAAUCACCGUGCAUACCUUAGGUCGAUGACACAGUAAAGCGGCGCGUGAUGCGAUGGAAUGGUUUGACGCAGCUACCGACGCUGCAUUUCGCGUUCACUCUGACUGACUGACCAUGCGUUUUGCCCUGGCGGUUACAACAACUGUUCGCUCGCGAACGCGUUGCACUGCGCUUCGUUUCACGAAACUAUCUACUAUGUCACCGCUGUACCGUCAAAUGCGUCGUACCUAAGAAAUUUGAUACUGAAGCGGUACCUAUUCCGAAAACAUUGAGCGGCACGUAACUGAAAUGGGAGAACCGUUUGAUGUCUGUCGCUGGUCGGACUUCAACUGGUCAAGAAGUUGUAGGUGCUAUUAGUCCUGAGCAUUCUCCCGAAGUCAUUCAACACCUUAAUGACGGCUCCUGAGGGACGUACCGAUGUAGAACUUACCUUGGAGUUGGUCAAGACAAAGUUAAUUGAUGAAGCGACGAAGUAACGGAAUAACAGCGAGGAAACGGUUCUAAAGGCAGGAUCGGGCAAAAGGACGUUAAUAUGCCACUAUUUUCACAAGUGAGGAUACAAGUAAUGAGAGUGUUGGAAGCGGAAGCGACGAAAGAUGACCGAAGAGAACGAAGGAAAUUUUCGAAAGCCAAGACUGUACGAGAGCAACGAUUUCGCAUUCAUGACGCUUGGAGCCGAGAAACCAGCUGAAAAAUGGAUUACAGAUUCGGACGCUACAUCACAUACGGGUGGAGACUGGAGCUACUUUGUGGAUCUGACAGAAGAGAGGCAUUCGUCAGAAAUUAGCGACGCCUCACACACCGCAACAGAACGGGAUUGCUAAAAGGAAGAAUCGGUCUCUGAAGGAAAUGGCGAGAUGUAUGAUUCUCGACGCUGGACUACCACUGAAAUACUGAGCGGAAGUUGUAUGUACCGCUAACUAUCUACAAAAUCGCCUACCGUCAAGAUCAGUUGAGCGAACGCCUCAUGAGAUAUGGUGGAGAAGCAGCCUGGUUUCAAGGAACCGAAGCGUAUGUGUGGAUCCCGAAGAAGAUGCCAAUUUUUUUUUUCAAGAGCCAGGACGUCAACAUUGGAGACAUCUGUUACGAACAGUAUCAGGCACAACAUCCAAACCUAAUCUUUUUUCUAUCGUUGCAUGGCACAUUCACGGCGAAUCAGUGCAAAUUGAGGAAGAAUCCGACUACGAAGAUUGUGAUGAUCAAGUGGUGAUAACGACAGCCGCACUGAACGUCGAACAUCCGGCUACACCAGCACGAACUUCAAAUCGUUCAACAAAAGGACCAGCGAGGUAUCAUGAAAGUGGCCGAUUAGUGAACAAUACGACCGAAGAUCCUAGAAGCUACACUGAAGCGACAUCCUGUGACAAGCGCGAUCUGUGGAACAGAGCAAUGGAUGCGUCAUUAAUCGAUAAUCGGACGUGAGAAACAGUCAAGCUAUCCCCAGAGCGUAAACCGAUGGAUUUACAAAAGGAAGGUCGAUGAAAAGGGAAAUGUCUGCCGUUGGAAAGCUAGUCUUUUUGCUCAAGGCUACAGUCAGAAACAUGGAACUGAGUAUGAAACUGUUUCUGCUCCAGUUGCGAAAUAAGCAACACUUCGUGUGGUUUUGUCUGUAGCUGGUAUGCGAAGAAUGCAAGUAAAGCACAUAGAUGUCAAACCCGAAGAUGUGUGGUCUUAUACAGUCAGGAAGGAUUUGGAACAAAAAGAUCACAGACGUAUUGAUGAUUCUUGUCUAAUACAUGCAGAAGCUGAUUGCUGUCUAUUUCUGAAGAAGAAAGGGGAACAUCUGUCGUUUAUCCUGCUUUACAUUGACGACAAGCUAAUCGUCAGCUCAGAAGAAGAAGAAAAUAGAACAGUAAAGGCCCAUCUCACGGAAAACUUCAACACUUGCCUUGGCGAAGUCAACGUCAAAAGAACUACAUCCAAUCAUUGGCCGUGACGUUCCAAUUGGAUGAAGCUAAACCGUCUGCAAUACCGAUGGAUCCUGGUUAACUCAACAUCAAGCAAAAGGAGGAAAUGAAGAAGAAUAUACUACCGACGAGAGAGAAAUACAUGCAUUUGAUCGGAACUUUGCUUUUGGCGGUAUGUUGCAGACCUAACAUCGCUAUAAGCGCGUCAAUUUUUGGACGAAAGGUUAGCAAACCAACCAAAACGGACUGAACAGAAGCGAAACGCACGUUGGCGAUAUUUGUCUGCUGACUGCUGACCUGAAGUUGAUACUCGGCGGAGCUGGUGAUCAGAUUGGAUACGCUGACGCGGAUUGGCCAGGAGAUAAAUCCGACACCGGUUUCGUAUUUCAACUUGGGAAAGGAUCGAUAUCGUGAACAGCUCGUGAACAUCAAUACGUGACAGCUUCUUCAGCAGAGGCCGUGUACGUGGCGAUUUCUGAAGCAAGCUAGGAGCUGAUGUGGUUGUUGAAACUUUUGGUGGACUUGCGAUAUAUCGCGCUUGAGGAGGAGUGUUCAGGAAGCCAGCCUUGAAGUAAGUACGACCACUAGAAUUUGAGUAUGCCUUAACCCUUUGGACCCGGAGGGGUCAUAUAUGACCCCAACAUAGAAACGACUGUAUAAAUCCACCCAUUCGAUAAAACAGAUUACUGUCUUCGGCAAAGUUGUUGCAAACUGAGUCCUCGAUUAGCGAAAAAUGGCAAUAUUUGUAUUUGGGACUUCCAUUGAAAACCUAAAACAUCCUGAACACCAUGAAAUUUGGGAAAACGAAACGAUUGACCUACACAUUGUUCUAAAAGCUGAACUUGGAUGUGGGUUCCGUUUAUAUGUAUUCAUUUAGCCUUCGUUAAGAAUAUCAAAAGGUGUUUUAUAUUCUGGGUUGUUCUAGGUGUUCCAAACUGUCCUGUAGUGAAGUCCUUCAAAUCUACAAGAAUAGUUUUAUGUUAUUUCGCCACAAAUAAUAGCAUUGUGUAACCUACUGGGAUCCGUGAAGCUUUUAAAAUCUAGAAUGUCAUUUACAGACACUAUAGGGAUAUUCGAGAUCAGCCAAACUACAUUGGAGUUCACAACUUCAGGUCUACACUCGUAACAGUAGCCAUAUCUGCUGUACUGAGUAACGCUGCAUAAUCAACGGCAGUUACUGGAGCAAUCUGAAGUCUACUAGCUUAUUAUAAACCUUUGGGACAUUCAAGGUCGUCCAAACUCUUUUAUAAUGAAGUCCUUCAAAUCUACAAAAAAAACUAUGAGUUUUCGCCAUAAAUAAUAGCAUAUCAUAAUCUGCUGAGAUCCGUGAAGCUCUUGAAAUCUCAAAUAUCAUUUAAAGACACUAUGGGAAUGUUCCAGGUCUGCCAAACUAUCUUUGAGUUCAGAACUUCAGGUCUACUCUCGUAAUAUCAGGCUAUAUCUGACAUUCUGAGUAACAUUUCAUAAUCAAUGGCGGUGAGUGGCUCAACCUGAAGUCUACUAUAUGUUAUUAUAAACCUUUAGGAUAUUGAUGAUCGUCCAAACUUUAGCUCUCGAUAGUAACAGUAUUUAUUCUCACAAUGAACUUUAAACUGUAAUCUGUAAUCCCCCUGGCAUAUCAUUAGUCAUUUCAAGAUAGCUUUGAGAUAUUCCAGAUCAGCAACACUACUCCGAAGAUUAUCUACUCCUGUGAUAAUAGCUUUUGCACUACGUUAAGUAGUGUUACAUAAUCCACUGCACUUACCGAAGUAGUUAGAGGAAUAAUGAGCGUUGUUAUAUAUUUUUGGGAUAUUAAGAGCUUCCUUACUUAUGAAGCUUAGUUGAUAAAAACAACCACUAUAACACUCAGAAAAUUUACUGGACAUGAUAGAUUACAGAGAUUAGAGCGAUUGAAGCAAACGGAUGUCGCCUCAGCAUACGCGCAGAAUCUCGAGGCCGCGUUGCCAGACGAGGGUGAGCUCGAAGAGGCCCCUCUAGAGGACUGCUGGAGUACAGUGAAAGCAGCCAUCAACGACGCAGCCGAGAGCACCAUCGGGUACGUGGAACGGAAUCGACGGAACGAAUGGUUCGACGAAGAGUGCAGAACGGUUUUGGAGGAGAAGAAUGCAGCGAGGGCGGUAAUGCUGCAGCAAGGGACUCGACAGAACGUGGAACGUUAUAAACAGAAGCGGAAACAGCAGACCCGCCUCUUUCGGGAGAAAAAGCGCCGCCUGGAAGAAGCGGAGUGUGAAGAAAUGGAACUGCUGUGCCGUUCCCAAGAAACACGGAAGUUCUAUCAGAAGCUCAACGCAUCCCGCAACGGCUUCGUGCCGCGAGCCGAAAUAUGCAGGGAUAAAGACGGAGGCCUCUUGACGAACGGACGUGAGGUGAUCGAAAGGUGGAAGCAGCACUUCGAUCAGCACCUGAACGGCGUGGAGAACGUAGGCACGGGAGCCCACGGCAACGGAGGAAACGACGACGCCAGUGCAGCGGAGGACGGAAAUGAACCAACUCCCACGCUGAGGGAAGUUAAGGAUGCCAUUCACCAGCUCAAAACCAACAAAGCAGCUGGUAAGGAUGGUAUCGCAGCUGAACUCAUCAAGAUGGGCCCAGAAAAGUUGGCCACCUGUCUGCAUCGGCUGAUAGUCAGGAUCUGGGAAACCGAACAGCUACCGGAGGAGUGGAAGGAAGGGGUAAUCUGCCCCAUUCACAAGAAAGGCGACCAUUUGGAAUGUGAGAACUUCAGGGCGAUCACUAUUUUGAAUGCUGCCUACAAAGUGCUAUCCCAGAUCAUCUUCCGUCGUCUGUCACCAAAAACAAAUGAGUUCGUGGGAAGUUACCAAGCCGGCUUCAUCGACGGCCGGUCGACAACGGACCAGAUCUUUACCGUACGGCAAAUCCUCCAGAAAUGCCGUGAAUACCAGGUCCCAACGCAUCACCUGUUCAUCGACUUCAAAGCGGCAUACGACAGUAUCGACCGCGCAGAGCUAUGGAGAAUCAUGGACGAAAACGGCUUUCCUGGGAAGCUGACUAGACUGAUUAAAGCAACGAUGGACGGUGUGCAAAACUGCGUAAGGGUUUCGGGUGAACUAUCUAGUUCAUUCGAAUCUCGCCGGGGACUGCGACAAGGUGAUGGACUCUCAUGCCUACUCUUCAACAUCGCUCUGGAAGGUGUGAUGCGACGAGCCGGGCUCAACAGCCGGGGAACGAUUUUCACAAAAUCCGGACAAUUUGUGUGCUUUGCGGACGACAUGGACAUUAUUGCCAGAACAUUUGGAACGGUGGCAGAGCUGUACACCCGCCUGAAACGCGAAGCAGCAAAGGUCGGACUGGUGGUGAAUGCUUCAAAAACAAAGUACAUGCUGGUAGGCGGAACCGAAAACGACCGGAUCCGUCUGGGUAGUAAUGUUACGAUAGACGGGGAUACUUUCGAGGUGGUGGAGGAAUUCGUCUACCUCGGAUCCUUACUGACGGCUGACAACAACGUGAGCCGUGAAAUUCGGAGGCGCAUCAUCAGCGGAAGUCGGGCCUACUACGGGCUCCAGAAGAAACUGCGGUCGAAAAAGAUUCACCCACGCACCAAAUGCAUCAUGUACAAAACGCUAAUAAGACCGGUAAUCCUCUACGGGCACGAGACAUGGACCAUGCUCGAGGAGGACCUGCAAGCACUCGGAGUUUUCGAGCGAUGCGUGCUAAGGACGAUCUUCGGCGGUGUGCAGGAGAACGGUGUGUGGCGGAGAAGGAUGAACCACGAGCUCGCUGCACUUUACGGCGAACCCAGCAUCCAGAAGGUGGCCAAAGCCGGAAGGAUACGGUGGGCAGGGCAUGUUGCAAGAAUGCCGGACAACAACCCUGCAAAGCUGGUGUUUGCAACAGAUCCGGUUGGCACAAGAAGGCGUGGAGCGCAGAGAGCACGAUGGGCGGACCAGGUGGAGCGUGAUUUGGCGAGCAUCGGGCGCGACCGAGGAUGGAGAGCGGCAGCCACGAACCGUGUAUUAUGGAGAAAUAUUGUUGAUUCAGCUUUAUCUUGAAUUUGAUGUAAUACUAAAUAAAUGAAAUGAUAGAUUACAGCUUUUAAUGAAAGAAGUUACGGUUACACCCGUAGACUUUAAGAUCUAAACUCAAGAACAGUUCGGAUGACCUAGGGAAUCCCGACUGAUCUGAUACUGUCUAUUAACCUUUCAGAAGACUUACUGGACAUGAUAGAUUACAAAUCGUAGCUUUGUAUAGUUAAAGAAGUUACCUUUACACCCGUAGACAUUAAAAUCUUAACUCAAGAACAGUUUGGAUGACCUAGGAUAUCCCGACUGAUCUGGUACUGUUUAUUGAACUUUUUGAAGACUUACUGGACAUGACAGAUUACAAAUCGUAGUUUUGUAUAAUUAAAAAAGUUACCGUUACACCCGUAGACUUCAAGAUCUAAACUCAAGAACAGUUUGGAUGACCUAGGGUAUCCCGACUGAUCUGAUACUGUUUAUUGGACUUUUAGAAGACUUACUGGACACGAUAGAUUACAAAUCGUAGCUUUGUAUGAUGAAAAAAGUUACCGUUUCACCCGUAGACUUCAAGAUCUAAACUCAAGAACAGUUUGGAUGACCUAGGAUAUCCCGACUGAUCUGAUAUUGUCUAUUAACCUUUCAGAAGACUUACUGGACUUGAUAGAUUACAAAUCGUAGCUUUGUAUAAUUAAAGAAGCUACCGUUAUACCCGUAGACUUUAGCAUCUAAACUCAAGAAAAGCUUGGAUGACCUAGGAUGUCCAGAAACAAUAAUCUACCGUUUUUAUGCUAUUGACCACCAAAACUACAGAAAAACGUAGAAAAAAAACAGGAAAAAUUACGGCUUCAAAGGUUUAAGAAAAUAAUGUUAAUGUUAUAUAUAGUUUUGUUUAAACCUCCGACUCGUACAGUCACCAUUUAUUUCUGCUCCAAGAGAAACUCCUGCUGAAGGUACUACAGAAGGAAUCCCUGGACGAACUCCUAGACUAAUCUUUAAAGGACCUCGUGUAGGAAUUCCUGACGGAACUUCUAGAUCUAUCCCUGAUAUAUCUUCUGGAGGCUUCUCUGAAUCCUUCUGAAAGAAUCUCUGGAGCAAGAUCUGAGGGAAGGGAACUCUAACAGACUAAUUGAAAGACGCGGACAUUACCGCUUUCAUCGAUUUACAAAUAGUCUGGAAAGUCAGAGAAAGUUUUGUUUACACUCUGGUUUUGAAUGACCCCUCAUGGUAAUAUUUUAUUAAUGCAUGAAUGCAAGUAACUUUUGCGAUAACCGUAGAGAAAUGAGGCAUGUUAGAAGACUGGUGUCUUCGGCAAAGUUUUUGAGAAGGGCAAGGACUCUCCGAUAGUACGUAAUUUAGUACGUAUUCGUUCCAGUAGGUGGCGCUAGUGAUCAUGGAACAUUUUGCUUUGAUCGGAGUUGCGUCAACAGCCAUUGCCAAUACCGUCGCGCUCGUAUCUCGAGAAUCAGACCAUAUGGACGAAUUUCGUCCAGUGAACUUGUUGGUUCUAGGUUUAUCCGCUAGGAGGCGCUAGUGAGUCCUAAAAAUUCUAAACUUCUGUAUCUCGAGAAUCAGACUACAUAGAAGAAUUUCGUCAACGGCAAAGUUGAUCAGGAUAUCAGAAGCUACCCGAUAGUGAACUAGUUGGAUGUAGAUUUAUCCGCGUGGUGGCGCUAGUGAGUCCUAAAAUUUCUUAGCUGCUGUAUCUCGAGAAUCAGGCUACAUAGAAGAAUUUCGUCUUCGGCAAAGUUGAUCAUUAUAUCAUAUGCUACCCGAUAGUGAACUAGUUUUUUUCCUCCCCUGUUGCGGAAAUCAAGCCACUGCCUCCAAUAAGUUGAACUUUUGUGGCAUAAUUGUGAACUAGUUAGUUCUUUUUUUUUUCUUAGACAAACCAAUGUUGAAACUGCAAAGUACUUUGGAUUACCUACAAAGUUUAUAAUGCAUAUUUAGAUUGCGUUCAGAUUACCGUUGUCCAAAAGCAGUAUAAAUCAGAAAAAAAUUACAGCAAUAUGCUAUGCGCUGAACUGAAAACAACUCAUCAGGCGAGAUCAUAAAACAAACUCAAAAAUCAAAUUCAACCCGGCUCAGCCUUGACUAACGCGCUCCAGCCUAACGGUGAUCGGUUUGUUUAUGGCUAAAAAAACGAACUGAUCUCAGCAAAUGACACACGCGAUUCGUGAUAACCCGUCUGACGGAAAAGAAAAAUCCCCGUUCAUACCGAAAUUUGAUAAAGACACUACACUGCGCCUGCGGUCUGGUCGAAGUAUGCUCCCUUGUGCAAUCACACUACUUUUCUACAAUCAACAACCGAACCGGCGACGACGAUUCAUAUUUAUUUAUGU